AUGGUUACAUCUUCUCAGGUGAUGCUCAUGCCAGCUCAUGAUUCUGCUAAACCAACAGGAUUUGGUAUAAUGGUUACAUCGUUGGAUCUCUUACGCGACCACCAGAAAGUCAUUCAUACUCUCUGGUUCAUUGAUGAUGUUGUUGCUCGAGAGCUUGGUGGUUUUGAUGGUUUCUGUCGCAGAGAGCGUGUUCUUCUUCUCUUUGUUGAUAGCACAAACACUACACUGUCUUUUACAAGAAAUGACAUGACAUGUGUUCCAAGACAAGGGGGAGCUGAUAGUGAUCAUUGGUUAUUCAAGAGACACCUAGCCUUGUUGCUUCCUCUUUCAUUUGCUCAAGUUUAUGAAGGUUUUAUUUCUUUCUACGAGGAAGAAGACAAGCAUAUUUCAUGGGAUAUCAAAAGUUGCAGCAGCUCUUCUCACCAAUGA